AUGUAUUUCCGUGCAACUCUGAGAAAGAGCGAAUGUGGAGCCGUAUCAGCCCAAGAGGUGAAUGGCAUGUCGCUGGGAGUGCGCGUUGCAGAAACCUCAGAGAUAAGACAAUCUGCAGAUAUUCUGAUGAAAGCCAGUAUCUCCUGGCAGCCCAACAAUGGAACGCAUAAUAAGUCCAGCCUGGAGAACUUUGUGUCUCACUUGCGGAAGUUUAUGUGCAAGCCACGGGACAGCAAAAUAACAGGUAAUUUCAGUUGUAGACUGUGUCCUCAGAAUUGGUCCCUUCAUGAGAACAAGUGCUAUUGGGUCUCCAAAGAAAGACGAACUUGGCACAAGGGGAAGGAAGACUGCACAGCCAAACUCUCUCAUAUGGUGGUGAUACAGAAUCAGGAGGAAGUGGCUUUUAUACAAAGCAUCACUGAUGGGGCACAGCUGCUCUGGAUUGGCCUAGAAGCCACAUUCCCUGAAAAGAAGUGGACCUGGAUCGAUGGCUCCCCCUUAGAUGACAAACUAUUUCAGGACUUGGGUCCUGUUGAAACAAAUUGCUGUGGGAGACUGAAUGGAGAUCAAUUAAUUUCUGAAGUUUGUAGUACAAUCGCUGCAUGGAUUUGUGAAACAAAAGCGCUCCUAAUAUAA